AUGCUGAAACUCUUUCUAUUUACAGUGAUAAGCACCUUUUCAUUGGCAUGGGACUAUAAGAACGGAGGGAGCGAUUGAACUGAUACAUGCUUAUAUGGAACUAGCCAAUCUCCUAUAGAUCUUAAAGCCCAAUCGACAACUGCAAUUAAUAUAACCUCAAGUUCCAUCAGUCAAUUGAAACUGGUAUAUAAAUCACACCCUGAAAGCGGGACUUUUAAAGAUCAAACAUAUACUAUUGAUGGAAAUUUUUUGAAUUUAACCGAAAUACUCGAAAGUGUAACAAUCUUCAUGAGAUCACAAUCAUUUUCCUUCCAUGCUCCAUCAGAGCACACAUUAAAUGGUUACCAAUUCGAUCUUGAGCUGCAGAUUUUAUCAACCAAUACUCCUGGAUACAUUUAUAAUCAGCAGACUGCUGUUUUUUUCAGGCUUGGAGAAGAUGAUAAUUCUUUUAUUGAUAAAGUUAUAAGAGCUUAUGGCAAGACUACAGAGAUUGAUUUAUCCGAUUUAUUUGGAGGAAGAAGCUCAUUAAAUCAUUUUUACAGCUAUAAAGGAUCAGUUACAUCUCCUCCAUGCACUGAAGAUGUGACAUGGUACAUAUGGGCUGAAAUUCAAGAAAUCAGCUUGAGCCAACUUUCAUUCUUUACAGACCAAUGGGCUGGAAAUCAAAAUUUUGCUGGAGGCAGAGGGAAUAAUCGAAAAAUCCAAAACUUGAAUAAAAGAACGAUAACUCUUUAUGAAGGUGCAGAUGACUCUGGUAAAAAUUUGUUCUAUUUUUCAGUUCUUUUCUUUGCGCUACUUUAUUAA